AUGGACCAACGAACUAGGCUACAGAAGGCCUGCGAUGCCUGCAGCAUCAGAAAGGUGAAGUGCGACACCAGCGGUCCCCCCUGUCGGUCAUGCGCGAGCCUGAGCAUUCCAUGCACUUAUGAGCGGCCAACGCGACGCCGUGGCCCACCAAAUCGCCAUGCUGAAGCUUUCAAGAAGCAGAAGCUCGGGGAGACACCCUACGCUGGCUCAAAUUCGCCUUCCCCGGACCAAUCUACACAAUUAUCCCCCUCGUUGUCGGGGGUUGGCCUUUCGGCCACGGCCACCUCAAGUGCACUAUCGCUGGAAUCGAUCUGCUCUCUGCCCACCAUCCUGCUACUCAUUGACGACUACUUCACAUACAUACACCCCCUGAUCCCAGUUCCCCAUGAGCCGACAUAUCGCGCUGCCCUUGAGCGGAGAGAGGAUCUUACGCAUAGUACCUUCUUAGCGAUGACCGCCGGUAUGAUCGGCGCACUUGUCGCAUCGUUUCCACGAAGACCUAAAAUGCAUAUGAAACCGGAGGAGAGGUCGGCAUUCCCGCAUUCUACGGCCCUGGUCAAGAGAUGCCGUGAUAUAGCUGUUCAAGCGCGGGGAGCGGGAUACCUCGACCGCAACGCUACUGUAUACGACGCCGCUACUAGCUAUUUUCUUGGUCUGUGCUCGGGAUAUAUCUGGAAUGUUCGGUCAUGUAGAGUCUACCUUGCAGAAUGCUUGACCAUGAUCCAUGUGUAUAAUCUCUGUACCCUGCCUCAAUCUCGCGUCCCGCCUCCAGGCCCAACGAGCCCGGCUUCUACGUCAUCAUUUCAUUCACAAGAAACUGAAGCCCCGGUCAGUAUUCUUGAAGUGGAGCUUGGGCGCCGUCUAUUCUAUACGACACUGGUCGGGUAUCGAACCUUGCAGCAAAUGGGAUCUCACGAUUCAGCAAUCCAUGUUCCUCCCGAAACACCGACAGAACGCUAUCCCCCGCUACCUUUAGAGGUAGACGAUGAAUACAUCUUUCCAACUCACAUGGAACAGCAGCCAGCUCAUAAGGUUUCCCGCCUAGUGGGCUUCAAUGCCAACGUGCGCGUAUACAGUUCCUAUAAUCCCAUAUCAGCCUGGGAAACAGCUUUUGGUGCAGGCCAACUUUUUGACUGGGACCGACAAAGGGUCGUGAUAUACGAAUGCUUACAGAAAAGCAAAUUGGCCCUAGCAAAUGUUCCAAAGGAGCUGUCCUUAUUCAUACCUGGGGGCGCACCGCUAGAUCAGGAGGAUGUCAAGAUGACGAUUGGCCACGAAGACGCGGGCGCCUCGACGCGCCGCCAUAUACAAUAUGAGAUACAAAAGGCCAAUAUAUAUGCUAGCCAGCUUGCAACUCGCUCGUACCUGGUCGAGAAGUACUGGAGCCUGCACGAAGCCUGGAAAAUGUACCAAACCCAAAGCCGCCAGCCUACACCUAUCAAUUCCCCAGUAGGGAGCAAUGGCAUCAACCCAAACGACCACAUCAGCAAUAUCAUGGUCGAGGAACGGCAGCUUGUGAUCCGAGACCUUUUUGUCCUUUUACAAUCUGUCAACGAAAUUAACAUGGAGCCUAACGGCGCAAGCGUGACAUCCAAGAUUCGCCAGAUUGCAUCUACCUUGUUGGACUUGUCUAAAUCGCAAAUGACAACUACUCCCGUCACAAGCGGGCCACAAACGCUCACCAAAGCGGAAGCGGAGGCGUAUUUGUCUGCUUUUAUAGACACGCUGGUCCGCUUAGAAGGUCUUGGUCCGAGUUCAAAAGCGCCGUCUAGUCCCCAAACACAGGGGCGGGCAAUGAGCUAUCUCAGUGAUCAUGAUCGCGAUGAAGAAGAAUUGCGUCAGUGGGCCAGUCUGAAGGCAUACCAGGCCAAGUUCGCCGAAGCAGGAGGCCUCUUAUCUGAAAUAUGA